CGCCCUUGAGUUCCGCCCAAAAGGGAAAUGACGCCGGUGCAGAAAAUGGCGUCCGCAAAGCGCUGUGGUUUGUUAUCCCGUUUAAUUUAGAGCCGGAGUCGGGGGGGUCUCUCUUCGUCUGGCGCACGGACGACAACAUGGCAGUGCACCGCUGCCGUCCGCCUUUCUCGGUUCCGGAAUAGAACCCGCAACUUCAUGUCCGAAGGAGCCAGUGCUGCCUGGUCGAAGAGGGGUUGUGGGGAUUCGCACCGCCGAGAACCAGGGAAACAUAAACACAGGAAAUGCGAGCGGCCGCUUAGCGCUCAGCCGCCAAAGCCUGUGAUUGUUCUCCCGGGCUCCAAAAGGUGAUUGACGCUCAGAAAAGGGACAUUGUUAGCAUCUCCCGGACACAAGGGGCACUGUCCUCUGAUUGGCUCGGACAACCCCCUCUGACAUGCCCGUGGCCAAUCAGAGGUGUGUUAUGUCGGGGGCAGAUGUGGAGGUGUACCUGUCCCAGGUGCACGACGGGAGUGUGUCGUCGGGCUUCCGGGCGCUGUACGAGGAGCGUCUGCUGCUGGACGUCACCCUGCUGAUCGAGGAGCACCACUUCCAGGCCCACAAGGCGCUCCUGGCCACCCAGAGCGACUACUUCCGGGUCAUGUUCACAGCAGACAUGAGGGAGCGGGACCAGGACAAGAUCCACAUGAAGGGGCUGACGGCCGCUGGGUUCGGCCACAUCCUCCGCUUCAUGUACUACGGCUCGCUGGAGCUCAGCAUGCCCACCGUCCAGGAGAUCCUCCAGGCGGCCAUGUACGUCCAGCUGACGGAGGCGGUGGAGUUCUGCUGCUCCUUCCUGCUGGCCAAGAUCUGCCUGGAGAACUGCGCUGAGGUCAUGCGCCUCCUGGAGGACUUCAGCGUGGGCGUGGAGGGCGUCCAGGAGCAGCUCGACAACUUCCUCCUCGACAACUUCGUCCCCCUCAUGAGCCGACCCGACUUCCUGUCCUACCUCAGCCUGGAGAGACUGCAGGCGUACCUGAACAGCGACGCUCUGAGCCGCUUCCCAGAAAUCGAGCUGUACGAAGCCGUCCAGUCGUGGCUGCGACACGACCGGCGGCGCUGGAGGCACACGGACACCAUCGUGCAGUCCAUCCGCUUCUGCCUCAUGACCCCCGCCAACAUCUUUGAGAAGGUGAAGACGUCGGAGUUUUACCGCUACUCCAGACAGCUGCGGCAGGAGGUGGACCAGGCGCUCAGCUACUUCCACGAUGUGAACCAGCAGCCUCUGGUGGACACGCGCUCCAACCGCAUCCGCUCCGUCCGCCCGCAGACCGCCGUCUUCCGGGGGAUGAUCGGUCACAGCAUGGUCAACAGCAAGAUCCUCCUGCUGCAGCGCCCAAAGGUGUGGUGGGAGCUGGAGGGGCCGCAGGUGCCGCUGCGACCGGACUGCCUCGCAAUCGUCAACAACUUUGCCUUCCUGUUGGGCGGCGAGGAGCUGGGGCCCGACGGGGAGUUUCACGCCUCCUCCAAAGUCUACCGCUACGACCCUCGACAGAACUCCUGGCUGCGCAUGGCCGACAUGUCCGUGCCCAGGUCGGAGUUCGCCGUCGGCGUCAUCGGCAAGUUCAUCUACGCCGUGGCGGGCCGCACGCGAGACGAGACCUUCUACUCCACGGAGCGCUAUGACAUCACGGAGGACCGCUGGGAGUUCGUGGACCCGUACCCCGUCAACAAGUACGGUCACGAGGGGACGGUCCUCAGCGGCAAACUGUACAUCACCGGCGGCAUCACCUCCUCCUCCACCUCCAAACAGGUGUGCGUGUUUGAUCCAGGGCGGGAGGCGGGAGGAGGUGCGGGAGGAGGAGGAGGUGCGGGAGGAGGUGGUGGCGGCAGCUCAGGCGGGUCAGACGCACACAGGACACGCGCCGGCCGCGGCCCGCCGCUGCCCGGCACGCACGCCAGCUGCUGGGAGAACAAAUCCAAAAUGAACUACGCCCGCUGCUUCCACAAGAUGAUCUCCCACAACGGGAAGCUGUACGUGUUCGGAGGCGUGUGCGUGAUCCUGCGGGCGUCCUUCGAGUCCCAGGGCUGCCCGUCCACCGAGGUGUACGACCCGGACACGGACGAGUGGACCAUCCUCGCCUCCAUGCCCAUCGGGCGCAGCGGCCACGGGGUGGCGGUGCUGGACAGGCAGAUCAUGGUGCUGGGCGGCCUGUGUUACAACGGCCACUACAGUGACUCCAUCCUCACCUUCGACCCCGACGACAACAAGUGGAAGGAGGAUGAGUAUCCCAGGAUGCCUUGCAAACUGGACGGUCUGCAGGUGUGCAGCCUGCACUUCCCAGAGUACGUGCUCGAGCACGUCAGACGCUGCAGCUGAGGCCAGAGAGCCUCCUUUUUUUAAUAGAAAUGGGAAUGUGCCGUUCAAGGACUGGAGUCUCUUCCCUCCGUUGGGAGAUCCGGUGGGGGAGGGCGAGGAGGGUGGGGACUCUUCUGAUGUGCGGGCUUUUUAAAAAAAAAGUGGAGACCAGCACUUGCCUUCAGGUGAGGGGAGAACGUGGCCUCGUGUCACACGGCCUGUCAAAGCGCAACGCGGUGAAGACGUUGAACAUUUUCAGAAUUAGCUUUUCUCAGAAAACCUUUAAGGAAGAAAAGAAGAAAAAAAAAGAAGAAGAAAAAAGGUUAAAUUCUGCUGGUUUAUGUUUGGACUGUGGUCAGUUUUCCUAUUCUACUACUCACCUACUGUAUUUAGGCUGUCCAGUCAAGCUUAUCGCAGAAACGCACUGGAAGCGACGGAUUCACGCUUUUUAAAAAUAUGUCUUAUUGCGCCGGUCGAACGACUGGCAGGUUUCUCUAUUUAAUUUAAAGGCAAACAAACAUCCUGUGUAUCGUCACUCGAGUAAAAAACAAACAAGAAACGCCCUCUAAGAUAUAUAUUACAGCAAGUAUGCGAUUGAGUAUACGAACACGUUGUUCACACUAUAUCCUGUAGUGCAGCUCCUCCGGACGCUUUGACCACGUUGUUGUUGGAAGCUGCUUCAAAAGUCACAAAUCUGCUUCCAGUGCGUUCCAGCUUUUAGUCCUAACUCUGCUCUUUACUCCCAGAUAUCCACCAUACUGUGCUCAUGUUCAUAUAACAUUACAGAGUCUUGAGUGUGUGAGUGUGUGAGUGAGUGAGAGCUGAAUGCAAGACUGAGAGGAAAAAAAGAACAAACAUACCACACGGUACAUGAGGGCAUUCAUUCAUUCAUUCAUUCAUUCAGCGAUGACGUCAUGGUGGUGACGGGUGCUUUUAUUUUGGCGAUACCGUGCACAGGAAGGAAAAUAUCUUUUCUCUCAGCUCUGAAUCCGUCUGGUCACUGUUAGUGCUUUACCUAUACGCUCAUCUACAUUCCCUGCACUUUAUUAUGAUUGUUGUUAUUGUUAUUAUCGGUUCCUACGGUGGCUGUAAAGGCACAUUUGACCAGCACUUCAAAGCAGCUGCAGUGUUACACACGUUCAGCACCUUCCGGCUCGAUGAACUCUGAAUGCGUCCUCCAUUUAUUUAUUUUUUUUAAUAUGCAGCUCGUUACAAUAUUUAGGAAAACGUUGGGCCUCGUGCAGGAACUUCUCCUCCGAGUCUGAUUCGUGAACUCUCGUUGUAACAAGAACAACAACAAGAAGCUUCCUCCGUUUUGUGGACAGAGUUGAAUUCACAGGAACAACAAAAAAAAAAGUUACCAAAGAUUUUUUUAAAGUUCACAGUUCACUCUGUGGAGCUCUAGGCUGUGCCUACAUGUACCAGAAUGCAUUGCACACGAGAAAUACGAGCUGAUAAAUAAACUAACGUAAACUCGCUGAAAUAUUCUCGCACCUGAACUGACAAAAUGCAGCCGUGCACGUUCCUAAAUUCACGUUUUCUCUCGUACGUAACUCGACGACGGUAGAAAAUCUGAUAAUUUUCCCUCUUUUUUUUUUUUUAAAGGACCUGAAACUGUUAGAAAAUAAAUAAAUAACGUCUUCCUGAAGCAAAGCGGAGGUUUUUCAUUGGGUGCUGGAGGAGAGACUUUUCCAAAAACUACUGAAAUAUAUAUAUAUAUAAUAUAUAUAUAAUAUAUAUAUAUAUAUAUUAUAUAUAUAUUUAACAUUUUUAAUAGGCAGUGAUGAUGAUGAUACAGAGAACAGAAUAUACCUUUUGCAUUAUUUAUCAUUUAUUUAUUUUUCUUAUUUUAUUUUUUUGCUCGUUCAGGUUGCGAGGUAUUUUUUUCUGGACUCGUACGACAAGUUUCCUUUUUUUUUUUACAUUUCAUUAUUGAAACGAGAGAAAAGUAAAAACUCUUUUACUUAAAUCCGUUUCCUGCGCGAAGCCCCCUUUUAUUUUAUUUUUAUUGAGCUGUAAAUUCAUCGUGUUUUUUAAAACCAAGUUUCAGUGUGUGUGUUUGACUUUAAGCUCGUAAUCAACCAGCAGAGCAAAAAAAGUGUGUCCACCAAACCAGUCGUCUCUGAGCUCGUCCUCUCCAGAUGUUUAUUUAUUUUUAUUUAUUUCUAUUUCAUGAAGCCAACUGUGAAAAAGGGCUAGAGCGCACACUGCUGCAGUUGUGUCCGUCGGCCGCGUGCUUUUAAGUUAUUUAAGUUAUUUUUCUCUGAAGUGUCGCUUCCACCGAGCUAUGCAGUAAAAAAAAAAUCAUUAUUUAGGGUUAUUUAUUACAACAGUUUCACGGUGAAUCGUUGUUGUUUUUGUUUACGUUGUCUUCUGCACGUGGCUCGUGUUGGAUGCUCGGAGGACGCUCUUCCUCCCGGUGUCAGAAGGGUUAAUGAUGUUGGUUCCCAGCAGAUUGUGAAGGGUGCACAUUUAAAAUGUAAUGUUCGUCACACUCGAGGUUUCUUUUCCAGGUUUUCUUCGUUUCUUAUUCGUGUCUUUUGCUUCAGUGACGUCCACAAACGACCUCUUGACCUUUACGGUGUUUACAUGUGACGCUGUGGUUUUAGGGGGGGGGCGGGGCUUCAAAGCCUGGACGUCUUGUAUUGGGAACACGUUGAACUUCAAAGGGGGAGGUGUUAAACGGCAUCAGAGCUGCAAAUAAUAAGUAUUAUAUUAUUGUUUAGUCGGUGAAGCCACAAGUGACGUCUUUUAAAAACAGUCGAAAACUCAACUGUUGUAAAUGACGACAAAAGAACGAAAAUAUUUAAAUCCUCAGAUUUUGUUUGUUUUUGAUGGCUAAAACAAUGAUUACAUGAUUGUUAUUUAUUAAAAUAUAUAAAUUAACUUCAUUGAUGAGUCGACUCAUCGUUGCAGCUCUGUGACUGUUGCUGAACAAACGUUUCGCUCGGUUUGAGGAACACAAAGUAAAUAAAGUCGAGUUUCUUUCUUCAAAAAUUAUUUUUUCCUGCUUUCAAUUUUUUAAAUUUAUUUAUUUUUACAGUUUUUCAAGUUCAAAAGAUGUCGUACCCAAAAGUCUUAUUCUUUCCCUCUCUGUGGUGUCGCUGAUUUCAUGAACAUCUCAUCUUCCUCAUCUCAUCUGCUCCUCUUCCUCUCAUGUCGCUGUUAAAAGAAGAAACGUGUAACCAAUAAAGUACUACUGUCCUGAUUUAUGGCACAUUCAGUCAUAGCGCAGCGUCCUUUAGUCCACCAGUCUCCAGUCUGUCGGUAGGAAAACAGAAUAGAGGAUUUAAAAAAAACACAAAAAACAUACCUUGCUGCAACGACUGUAUCCGAAAAAGAAAGUAAAAUCAGAUUAACAUACUUUAUAAUCUGAGUAGAAACUCUUUGGAAACGAUUUGUAACUUCUUUCCAGAAAUAAAUGUUCAUAUUGGUCAACUUUCA